CAUGCCAGGGCAUGGUGCUGAACAGGCCCUGGUGCUUCUCCUGCUCAGGGAGCGGGCAUCUGUGGGUGCCUCACCUAGCCCACUCCCAACCAACACCCCUGCUGAAACAGCCCUGGGGCCAUGCACUAGCCAUGCCCCCUGCGAUCCAUAGCCCUCCCCAGCCCAGAGGGAUCCCAUGAACCACAGCCAUCCCCGGGAUCUCCAGUUCCCUGCCUCACCUCUGGUGGAUGCAGGGGUGAGAGCAUGCCUCUGUGUGAGGGUCAGCAGGGAUGGGGUCUAUCUGGGUGAAGAUCUCCAUGGAUGAAGUCAACCCCUGGGAAAGGGUCACCAGGAUUAUGGUCCACCUCUGGGGUGGCUUUUGUACCUGGCUGCCACAGCCAGGAGCAGGACUUCAUUAGGGCUGAUGUUCCUGGGGCUGUCCAGUGCAGGAUCACUGACACCAUCUCUUCUCCAGGUACCAGGGCCACUGUCUACCCCUGGACAGGCCCAGCUGAGGCGCUGACGACUGGCUGCCGAGCGCUCGGGCCUGGGGCCAGGUGAGCAGCCACGGAGGGCGCCCAGGGACGCCCUUCCCGUGCCCCGAGCCAAGGGAGGAAGCGGCCGGAGGCAGGAAGCCUUCCCCCGGGCCCGGGGCCCCCGCUGCGAUCUUGCUGGAAGGUCAGCGGCGACACAACAGGAAAUCGUGCUGCUCGGCUGGGCGGCCAGGCCGGAGGCACGGAGCCGCGCCGUGCUGUCCCGGGGCCGCCGCGGCCGCCGGCCCUGCGUCCCGGCCGGGCGGCUCGCGGGGAGCCCGCGCCACCGCUGCCCUCCAUGGAAGGGGGACGGGAGCCAGGCAGCAGCCGCUGGGCCCAGGGCGGGAGAUGCAGGGCCGAAGCCCCCAGCCGAGCAUGGAGCUGAACAGUGAGUGCGUGGCUAAAAGGGGGGACUGGGUGCGCAGGAGGGGCUGUGGGCACUGUGGCCCCACAGCCAGAGCGUCCCCUGCACAAUGAACCCCACAGCUGGGCACCAAACCACAGGGGUGGCUCUGGGCUAGUUGGACCUGGCCAGUGCCAGCAUGUGAGGGCAGCCAAGCAUCUCUCCAUGCCCGCUGUAGGUAAACAGGCUGCACUGAGGAUUUUUGGUGCAGUGCCAGGGCAGGCAGCGAGGCAGGCAGGAGGCUGCAAAGAGGGUACGGAGAAGCUGGCAGGGUGGGCAGCUGCUGGGCACAGCAGCACUGGGGAAGGCAGUGCGGCAGGGGAGCGCUCAGCCAGGGCAGCGGCCAGGAGCAGAUGUUCCCUGUGGGACACUGCAGGCUGGGAUUCCCCGAAGUGCACAUGACGCCUGGAACUGCUCUUGGCAGGGAUCCGGAGGGCUGGCCCUGGUCUGCACAGGGAGUACAGCCCUGCUUCCUUGCCUGGAGCACGGCCAGAAAACCUGGCAGACGAGGUUGUGCGGCCUCUUGGCACACACCGCUGUCACGGAAACCCCGGCUCUCCCCCGUGAGCACCGGCACCCCUCGCUGGCUGGCUGGAGAGCAGCACCGGGCCCUCCGCAGCCACUCGCACCCACCCUGCACCCCCCCGCGGGGCCACCGAGACCACCAAAGGGCUGGGCACAGGACUUGCCGCUGCAGGGGCUCUGGGCUGGCACUGCCCAUGGAGGCUGGCACGGUGCACAAGGCAACCCCAUCUCCUCCAGGACUGCUCCUCCUCACAUCCUUCCUCCUGCACGUGAAAGAGGACCGUGCCAGCCCAGUGCGGCUGGUCUGUGACAACAGGCUUAUCCAGAAGUACAUCGUGGAGGCCAAGGACAUGGAAAAGAGAGUGGGCCAGUGCCAGGCCCUGCCUGCACUCAGGUGCCCUGCAGUGCUGCCCUUGGUGGACUUCACCUUCCAGCAGUGGAAAUCCAAAUCGAACGAGACCAAGCGGCGGGAGAUCCUGUGUGACCUGGCCCUGCUGGUGGGCGCUGCAGCAGGGGCCCAGGGCCAGGUGAGCGACGAGUGCGGGGCCAGGCAGCUGAGCCAGCUUUACCGACACGCCAACUCCUUCUUCCUGCUCCUGCAGACCUUCAGCUGGGAGGCAGGACACUGGGAGCCGAGCUGCUCCCCACACUCCACGGAGCAGACCCACAUCUCCAGCAUUUUCCUCACCUACCGGCAGCUGGUACAGGGCAAGCUGCGCUUCUUCUUCUACGACCUGGCCAAGGUCUUGUGCAAGCAAGGACAGGGGGACAGCAGAGACCCUCCAUGUGGGGCCCAGUGAGGCUGCACACGGGGUUCAACCACAAAGCAAUGCUGGAGCAAUCCUGCAGGACACUACGCUGUGCUCUGGGUGCCCAGGAAGAUGCCCACAGGGAAAGGGUUGGCACCUGUUCCUCAGGUCUUCAGAACUGUGCAGCACAAGAAGGCAAACAGUGACACUCACGUGCCAGCAGGCACAGGCCCUGCUCCCAUCCGGGCAGGCACCUCUACUGUGAAUGCUUUUUGAUUAAAGAGCUA